GAGUCGCUAUAAAGGAGCGGCCAAACUAAUUCCUCUUCUUUACAAAACCACCAUCAUUGGUAUCUUCCUCUUCUUCACACUCUCUCUCUCUCUCUCUCUCUCUCUUCGCACACACGCUCUUCCAUAAUUUUUUCUUUUUUUCAUACCAAACAUUCUCUUAUAAUCACAUUUCCAAUUAUACUGGACCGUCAUUCUCAUCAAUGUCCAUGGAACUAAACAACUCUGAGGUCGAAAGCUGCAGUAACUCUUCUCUCUCGGCCUCUUCACCUUCACCUUCACCUUCGGUUUGUGCUUCGGCUCCAUCUCUGAAAACGCAGCUUGCUGGGGUAUCAAAGAGACACAAAGACGGCAGCAGACAUCCGAUGUACCGCGGAGUCCGAAUGCGGAACUGGGGCAAGUGGGUGUCCGAAAUUCGAGAGCCGCGCAAGAAAUCUCGCAUCUGGCUCGGCACAUUCUCCAACCCCGAAAUGGCGGCUCGAGCCCAUGACGUGGCGGCCAUCAGCAUCAAAGGUAGCUCCGCCGUUCUGAAUUUCCCCGAACUGUCGGAGUUGCUUCCUCGGCCGGUGUCUCUAAUGCCUCGUGAUAUUCAAGCUGCUGCAGCCAAGGCAGCAGCCAUGGUGGAUAUCAAUUCCACACCGUCAACGUCAACUUCAACGUCGUCACCAUCUUCGUCAUCGUUGUCUUCGUCUUCGUCUUCUGUAUCGCUGUCGCCGUCGAGUGUGUCGGAAUCCGAGGAGCUUUGCGAGAUCGUUGAGUUACCUAACAUUGAAGGGACUUUUGAGUCGGCCGAGUCGGGGAACGAGUUUAUAUUGGUUGACUCGGUCGAUAGUAAUUGGGUGUAUGACCCACCAUUGAUACUAGGCGGAGGAGCUGAAUUCUAUGGUGAUUUUCCUGAGCAGUUGUUGACUGUGGAUCAGAGUUUGAUUCCAACCAAUUAUGAAGGUUUAGUCAUGUGGGACUAAUUGUGACAUAAAGGCGUGCUUUUUUUUUUUUUUUUUUUUUUUUUCCUUUUCUUUUACACUUUUUUGAUUGUAUAGUUUUUGCAGCUUGUUUGGCUUGGCUUGGCUUUUUUUUUUUUUUUUGUUUUGGCUAAAUGAUCAAAAUCACUGUAAUAUACUCUAUUAAAU